AGGCAAGCAUCAGUGAGUUUAUAAGCUGAAAUUUUGGUCGGAAACGCUAGCGCGAAUGUCUUGACAGUGAGACGUGUUUGUGGAAGGACCAUCAAAGUGUCCUUUGUCAAUAAUUACUUUCCCGAAGGACUGAUAGAGUCACCCCUCAGUCUCAAAAAAAACGUUCGCAAAUAUUGCUAUGUUUGUGUACCAUAAUUAGACCAAAUAUCAAUGUAGUUCCGAAUGCAUCUUGCAUCAAUGCUUGAAAACAGUCGCACGGACGGAAUACGAUGUGUCAUCUACAAAACUGCAAACGCACUGCUAACAAGAACGUGUCAGCUAAUCUUUACUCUUGUCUACCCGUAAGAUACGUUCGCAAUUCCGUUUUAACGAUCCCCGUCAACACAAAGUUUGCCAAUCUGUACAAGUAUACCCUUUCCGAUGGAGCUGAACACUUCCGCUACAACGACGGCGACCUACUCACAGAUUGAUCUUAAGGAGCAAGCGGUUCCCCAAGCCCACGCCGUCGCCGUUCUGGGAGUUCCUCACGUUAAGGCUGUACCGAAAGUUGAAGUCGUGGCACCCGCAGACCUCGCCGGGGGGUACCAGUUCACAGUCGACUUGAAUGGACGUGUUCUUCUCGUCUCAGUGCCGGAUGGCGGAGUCUCGCAAGGCCAAAGCUUCCAGGCGACUGUCGUCAGCGAGGUGGAUCAUGACCGUGAUGGCCCUCAUGAAAGUGAGCACCAGGCGUCGGGUGACGUUCCAGUGGGGGGCUGGCGCGGCGGCCUUUGUGAUCGCUGCUCGCACGGUUACUGCCACCCCACGUGCUGCCUUUCGUUCUGGUGUCCCUCAAUUGCUCUGGGACAGGUUAUGACACGCAGCGGACUCAAUUGGUUGGGUGACCCAUUGGAAAACAGUGGUCACAAAGCUCCUCCAGCACACAGUACGGGAUGGUCGGCCUUCAGGAUUCUCUUGGUGAUGACGAUUGCCGUGUAUGCGUUGACCAUAUUUCUAGUGAUCAUUAUCACGGAAGCAAGCCCCAACUACUACAGCAACGACCCUAGCCAGCCGGUGGCUUCAACGGAUACCCUGAUCUGGCUUAUUCUAAAGUACUCGCUUCGCCAGGUCUGGAUGACCUUCCAAGGUAUCUACUAUUUUGGAGACACUAACCCCCCGGUGGCCUCAACGGAUACCCCGAUCUGGGUCAUCGCAACGGACUCGCUUCGCCAGUUCUUGAUUCGCCUCUUUGUUAUCUACUUUGUCGUAAUUACCAUCAAAACGUGUCGAGUUUUUCGUCGGCGCCAUGGGAGUCCGGGCGUUCUCUUCGAGGAUUACUUUCUCAUUGUCUUUAACCGCUGGUGCAUCGUGGCCCAGAUGCUCCACCAUACGGCCGAUUACAGUCACCAAAAGGCAGCCUGCUGCACCGAAACUGGCUUGGCACACGAUCAACACAUUGUGUAAGGGGGUUUCUAAUAUUUUGUUAACGUAAUUCAUACUCAUC